CAACAUGUGGUAUUGUCCACGAGGUUGACCGGAGACCCUUUAAAUAUCCCAAGUCACAGAGCUUCUGCCAGUGUCUGCAUGACAUAACACCAAGGCAUCAUGGUCUCCGUGCUCGUUUUCUGCUUGCUUCUCGUGGAUUUGUCAUACGGAAAUUCAUUGUCCCGUAUCAUAGGAGGUUCGGAUGUAAAUAGUAUUGAAGAUCAUCCGCAUCAAGUGUCUCUGCAAAACAGAUUUGGCAGUCAUAUGUGUGGAGGAUCCAUUAUUGACAAUCAGUGGAUACUUACUGCGGCACACUGUGUCGACUCAGGGGGUCCUUCGGGUUACAAGAUCAGUCUGAAUAGCGAGUUGCUUUACGGUGAUUCGACAAUCUAUGAUGUUGCACAGAUAAUAAAGCACCCUAACUACAAUCAAGUAGAUGAUGGUGCCUAUCCAAAUGACAUUGCUCUUCUCAAGUUAAAAACCGUGAUGGAUUUCCAACAAUUCAACCAUAAGGCUAUCACUCUGGCACCUGCUGACAGUGGAAACUUUGCAGGAACGACAUGUACCAUAACAGGUUGGGGAAAUACAGACGGUGGUGUUUCAAGCAUUCCCAACGUUCUCCAACAGACUACUGGUAAAAUUCUCUCAGGCGCAGACUGUGCUGCCGCAUGGAGUUCAAAUUACAACCAUCAAGUGCACAUCUGUAUCGAUAACUCGAAUACCGGCUCAUGCAAUGGAGACAGUGGUGGCCCAAUGGUUUGUAACGGGGUACUUGCCGGAGUGACGUCAUGGGGUGCUAGUGGAUGCGCCACAUCUUACCCAAGCGUCUAUGCCAGGGUGUCUAAUUACAAUGAAUGGAUCAGCACAACCAUCGCCGCAAACUAAACACGUGGCAGCCAUUCAGUUUGAAGAUUUUAUUGUUUAGAUUCAGAUCAAUAAAAUGAUAAGCUAACUAUUAA